AUGGCUCCCUCCGUCCAGCAGGUCUCGCAAAUCUUUGAGGAUCCAGAGCCUGCAACACGAGGACGUAGAUUGCACCAGCACCACGACCGUCCUACCGCCGACGACGCUGGAGAACGCGGGCGACGACGAUAUCUGAGCCACAGUCCCACCAAGAAACCUCUCCCACCACUCGAUCGCCAGACAAACAUCUCGACUAGUCCACUAGGCGAACGACACAUCAACAGCCCUCCACAGCCGAAACGAAUACCCACCAAGUCUGGUGAUGGGACAGGGGCACCUAUCACACCCAUUCACAAAAAAUCCGGGAGUUCCGUCUCCUUAAGAGGUUUAAUACUUGGAAAAGAGAAGAGUUACGAUCCUGCCAAUGAAAUUGUUGUUGAAAAGAGGCCCAAAAAAGUCAAGUCGGCCACAAACAUUGCUGGUCUGUUAAAACGAAGAUCCAGAAAAGACUUGAAAGAAGACAGUCGUGAUCAGGAGAACAUUUCUCCAAAGAAGAACACCACACAAGAUCCGACUCCAACACCCAUCUGGGAGCAAUUCGCCACACAACCCUUGGAAGGGCCCGACGGCAACAUGUUCUAUCCGGUCCCCAAACGUAGGACGUUGGAGGAGGAGAUUAAAUUGUAUACCCCGAAAGAUUACUCUGAGUACCGACCGUCUGAGCAGCGCAACUUCUAUGGAUGCAAGCCCAAAAUCGAACCAGCCAUGGAUUUCAAACCACCUCAACGACCCUAUCUAGAACACAAGUCUAGUAGGAGUUCCAUUUUCACGGAAAACCUGGAUGACGAACCUGAGAAGCUGGAGACGAAACGUCCUGCAAGUCGUGAACAGUCAGCGACUCGUCCAAGCUCAUCUAACAAGUCAGAAACAAGGCCUCCUGCUCAGACUCGAUCCUCUGAAAAUUCUCAAACUGACAACAAGGCCAAAAGAGGAUCGAGGGUCUUCGAAGCAAUUCAAAACCUAACCUUGAAGUCACGCCGAGAUGGUCGGCCGGUCGCAGAUGCUUCGAAUGCCCAAACGCCUCCACUCACCCCCCAAGAACUAGACUCGGCAUUUGAGAAGGUGCUAGACUCGUUGAACAUUCCACUCAACAUGCGAGACAACAUGCGGUCUCUGAAGCCAGAGGUCAAGGCAGGUCUAAUGAAAGGAGAUCGAGUUGGCAGUGGGUCUUCAGUAACUUCUACGUCUAGGGAUGUAUCAGAUGCCCGGUCUUCUUCGGCAAGUCCCAAGAAGAACGAAACUGCGCGACCACGAAGUCAGGAGGAGGAUGAAAAGGACGGCAAGCGCUCUCGAUCACGGUCGCGACCGAGAAGUCGAAUCUUGACAUUGUCUAAGAAUGACGGCAGCUCACCAACCAAAGGAGAGAAGCCCGAGUCUUCCUUCCGAUCCCGCAGUAAGACGAGACCCAAGUCUGUGGACAUGGGCUCAUCUCGGCCUACAUCUGCGAGGGCCAUGGCAUCGACAACGUCGCUUGCAUCUCUGAAUGGGACUGACAGCGCAACUACGCCUGGAGAUUUUAUUCAUUACCUCCGAGAGGUGCAGAAGCCUGAACUGGUCGAGGUGGGAAAAUUACACAAAUUGCGUAUCCUGUUACGGAAUGAGAGCAUCAGCUGGACUGAUCACUUUGUGACCAAGGGAGGAAUGGACGAACUCAUCCAGCUCUACUACCGUAUCGCCAAGAUUGAAUGGCGUGAAGAACACGAGGACAGUCUCCUCCACGAGACUCUGCUUUGCCUGAAAGGACUAUGCACGACAUCAUUGGCCUUGCAAAGACUCGAGCAGGUCGAGAAGGACUUGUUUCCUGCACUUUUGUCGAUGCUGUUCGACCCUGAGAGGAAAGGACCGUCGGAGUUUGGCACACGAGGAAUCAUAGUAUCACUCCUGUUUGCGCACCUCUCAGCAUCGGCUAGGAGCCAGUCAUCGAACGUCCAACAGAGAGCUGAGACUAUCUUAGGGUUCCUUCGAGAUCCAGUGCCCGAGGAGGGCAAGCGGCCGCUGGAGUUUGUGUCACAAAUGCAUAUUUCCCGACCAUAUCGUGUCUGGUGCAAAGAGGUUGUCAAUGUGACCAAGGAAGUGUUCUGGAUUUUCUUGCACCAUCUCAAUGUGGUACCAAUCAUCGAGGCAGAUGAGAGCGUUGGAUACACUCGUGCACAUUUCCCAGCACUACGUCCGCCUCACCCUGCGGCGCCGUACGUAGGAGGAGUGGAGUGGGAGGCUACUCAGUACUUGGCCACUCACCUGGACCUGCUCAACGGGAUCAUCGCCAUGAUUGGAGACCGCGAGCAACGAAACCAGCUUCGAGAAGAGCUCAAACAAUCAGGGUUCGAAAAGAUCAUGGGAGCGAGCCUGCGAACUUGCAAGGAGAAGUUCUAUGGUGGGGUGCACGAUGGGCUGAAAUGUUGGGUAUCAGCAGCUAAGGCGGAUGGGUGGUAUGUGGAGGAUGUUCGAGCAGGGCCACCGCGAGAGAACAGCAGUCCUCGAAAAAGUCCCAAUAAAAAAGCAGGAGAUGAACCGCCGAAAAUUGCACUUGAGGUAAAUAUGGAUCAGGUCCGUUUGCCCAAGAUGGAGGAUGGAUGGAUCUGAAGCAACAGAGGACAAAGAAGCGACGACGUGAAAUGAGAUUCAUAUUUUUCUUUGGCCCAUGAGGUACAUUAUGGCAACUUGUUGGACACUGGUGGAGGAGUAUUAUGACCAUUAAGGACUUUGGCUCGAGCAAUAGAACCGAAUGACCCUUGAUAAAUACUCUAAC